AUGGCGCCCUCAGCAACGGGAAUGCAGCCUGGGAUUGAGGUUGAGAAGAGGCAACAGCGAGAGCAGGAGUAUCGGAGCGGAGAUCCGAGUCUUGCUGUAGUUGACGAGGAAGCAGAGCAGCCCCCGCGCUUUGACGACCCUUACGAAGAGCGCAGGUACCUGAAGCAUCGUCUUGCUCUUGCGUUCCGUGUGUUCGCCCACUUUGGGCUCUCUGAGGGCGUGGCAGGACACCUCACAUUGAGGGAUCCUGUGGACCCUACCAGCUUCUGGGUCAACCCUUUCGGUAUGCAUUUCUCCCUUAUCCGGGACGAGGACCUCAUCCGUGUCGACCAUGACGGUAGUGUGGUCGAGGGCGGAAAGAACAAGCGGCUGAAUUACGCUGCAUAUGCCAUCCAUGCAGAGAUCUACAAAGCGCGGCCAGACGUUUUGUGCGCUGCUCAUUCGCACAGCCUCUGGGGCCGCGCCAUGUGUGCAACGGGGCGGACCCUGGACAUGCUCAGUCAGGACUUCUGUGUGUUCUGGAACGACCAUGUGCUAUACGAGAACUUUGCAGGACUCGUCCUGGCACCAAGUGAAGGCAAGGCCAUCGCGGCUUGCUUAGGCAACAAGAAGGCCGCCUUGCUUGGGAACCACGGCUUACUGACUGUGGGGCCCACCAUUGAAGCCACGGUGGCGUGGUUCGUCCUACUCGAGAAAUGCUGUCAGAUCCAGCUGGCGGCAGACGCGAGCUCGGCCGGCACGGGGAAGCCGCUUGUAAUUAUCGGCGAGGAGGAGGCGCGGGCGACAUGGGAGGCCGUCGGCACCGUCGGGAAUGGCUACUUCCAGGGCUUGCCCCUGUUCCAGGUUGCAGAGCGGGAGUUUGGUGAGAGAACGUUCUUGGGUAGGGGCAUGCGCGCACUAUAG